CCGAAUAACCAAUCAGAUGCAGUUGGUUUCGAGACACCGUUGAAUUUCUUGCUUCUCUUGUUGUCUGUGUUUUGGCUGGAAUUUGUGUAGACCAAAUCUCUUGAUCCUGCUAGAUUUUCUGCAUUUUGUGAUUUGAGAUAAUCUAUCAUGGCUCGUACGAAGCAGACAGCCCGUAAAUCCACUGGAGGUAAAGCUCCCCGUAAACAGCUUGCUACCAAAGCCGCCCGUAAAAGCGCACCUUCCACUGGUGGAGUGAAGAAACCUCAUCGUUACAGGCCUGGUACAGUCGCCCUCCGAGAGAUCAGGCGAUACCAGAAGUCUACUGAGUUGCUGAUCCGCAAGUUGCCGUUCCAGCGGCUUGUGAGAGAAAUCGCCCAGGACUUCAAAACUGACCUUCGGUUCCAGAGCGCAGCCAUCGGUGCUCUCCAGGAAGCCAGUGAGGCAUACCUUGUCGGCUUGUUUGAAGACACUAACUUGUGCGCCAUUCACGCCAAGCGUGUCACUAUCAUGCCCAAAGACAUCCAGCUCGCCCGCCGCAUCCGAGGCGAACGUGCUUAAACACAUUCCCCCCUCCACCUCAAAUGCAGACAUUAUUACAUUUUUGUGUUCACUGCCAGAAGAAAAGUGCGGCUUGGUGUUUAUGUUGAAUUUCUAUGUCUAAUUUUUAUACUUGAGAUAAGCUGUCUAUCUAUUAGUUUUUAGUUUGUGACUGAGUAUUUAAGUGUUUUGUAUUCACUCCCAACUUAAUGUUUAAGUACCCGUAGAAUUGGUUUCACUCUGUUCUUUUACUUUUUGGGUAUUCUUUUAGUUGGUGGGAAGCAGAAAUGUCAAGUCCAAAAGUCUGUGUAACGUAGUGUCGUUCUUGUGAAAUCUUCAGUGUUUACCAUGUAUUGUUUGUUUUUAAUACUACAAAUUUACCAAUAAAAAGUACAAUUGAUGCUGAUUGAUUAUUUUGUUUUAAAAGUAGUUUGAAUUGGGAUUUUAUAAUUUCAUGAUUUUCUAAAAUGUAGUUCUACAUCUGUGUCAGAAAUAAACUUCUUUCUAUUUCCAAAGAA